AAUUCAGUCAAAUCCAACAUCUCGGUCAAUAAUGAUAUUGUGGAAGAAAGCUUUUCGAAAGAAGAAGUGUGUGGAAGUGAACAAGCCCCCACUGUAGAGGUAGAAGAUGAUGACAAAAAUGGCCACAGUGAACAUUCAAGUCCACCCAGUUCAGAAUCACCUGGUUGUGACAGCAAUAGUGAAGCAUCAAAUGACAGUGGUAGAGGUGGAAGUGUAACAGAACAACUAUCAUCUAUUUGUCCUCCAGAAAUUGUCCGUUAUGAGUUUAAUUUCCCAUCAGAUUUAUGUGGUCUAUUAAUCGGUCGUCAUGGUAGAAAUAUUAACUCCAUUAAAGAAGAGUCAAAUGCCCUGAUAGCCUUAGAACAUAAUCCUUACACACCUGAAUAUCAAAUUUGUGUGGUUGAAGGCACACAAGGUGAUGUAGAGAAGGCAUUGUCAUUAAUACGCCAGAAAUUUCCCCGUUCCAAGUAUUCCCAAUUAGACAUGAGUCCUAUUAACCAGCCAGUAGCAGCACCAACCAAACUCCAAGCAGCUCCUGUUCUCAUGCCUAAUAUUAUGCAGUUAAGUUUGCCAGAAGGCGUGUCUGUAGAUGUCAUUGUAUCUAACAUUGUUGAUGCUGGUCAUAUUUUUGUACAACAACCAACACAUCCUAGUUUCCCAUCAUUAGAUCGCUUAAAUCAGUUUAUGAUGAUGUGUUAUACUCAGGAUAAGAUGGUACCUCCCCUUCCUCAACCAAUAGAAGCUGGUGUAAUUUGUGUAGCACCUCUAUCUGAUGGUUGGUAUCGUGCCCAGGUUGUACAAGUCUAUAUUGAUCUCCAGGAGUGUGAUAUCAAAUUUGUAGAUUAUGGUGGUUUUGAACGGGUUCCUAUGUCUCAGUUAAAACAAAUCAGGAGUGAUUUUAUGACCUUGCCAUUUCAAGCUGUAGAGUGUUAUAUUGCCACCAUUGCUCCAUUAGCUGAAUAUUUUAGUGUUGAAGCAGCUAAUGUAUUAGAUGAGCUUACCCAGUCUAAAGUCUUACAGGCUCAAGUUAUCAGUCGUGCUGAAGAUGGUAUACCUUAUAUACAUCUGUAUCAAAUCAGUGGCAACAGGGUAAUAUUUAUCAAUCGAGAAUUAGUGAACAGAAAGGUUGUUAAAGGUACUGAUAUAAUUGAGUAG